AUGACUGAAGCAACCAGUUUGGCUAGGAUUCCGGAAGAAGCAAAAAUUUUAUUUGGCGAAGUGAAUGUAGAAGAGUAUUGUAAAAAACAAAAAAUUUCAAUGGAAGCCUUCGAAAAAUUGCGCCGUCAGGUUAUCGAGUUAAAUAAAGUCAAACCGAAACGAGGCCUUGAAUUGUUGGACAAGUUAAAUACACGUCUGACAAAUUAUUUAUCCAUCGGAUGUUCCGGCAUCAAUGAUUUAUUGGCGGGGGGAUUACAUCUCGGAGAUAUCACGGAGAUCAGUGGAGAGUCAACUACAGGAAAAACACGGUUGUGCUAUGCAGCAACGCUUUCUACAGCAUGUUUAAAUGUCGAUAACACAGUCUUAUAUAUUGAUACCUUGAACUCAUUUUCACCCGAGUUGAUGCGUAUCCUAUUUCAGGAAAGCGAUAGGUUUGUAGACGCGAGAGACCAAGGGAUGUGCGCUGAAAAUGUAUUUCGGAGAAUUAGAAUCUCGAGAAAUUGCAUGGAUGUCUUUGCGGUGUUUUCCCUUGUUGAAGAUUUACGUCAGAAACUUCAAGUAAAGGUAUUCGCAACAAUAAGGAAUGGUAAUACAAUUAGUCCAACAACUAAUCUCGCUAAAUUCCGUCAGUCUGAAGACUCUUUUUAUUCCGGCUUGAAAUUGGUGGUGUUGGACUCCAUUGCACCAUUAUUCUUGCCGAUUUUGGGAGGAUAUGCGGAUGAAAAAGCAAAUUCGCUGAUGACAAGUUUAACGCGAAUGCUCCGAGAUUUAGCCAGAGAGCAUGAUAUAGCCAUCCUGGUGACCAAUUCUGUUGAAAACUCUCGUUCAACCAAUCCCAUGUCUGCUUUUGCUUCGACAACAGCAAAACCUGCAUUAAAGACAACGUGGACAUAUAUGCCCGAUGUUACCUUACUUCUCACUUUAGGCGAAGAUAUUGGUUUAAAACAACGUGUUUACAUUAAUCAGCAGGGAAGCGAAGUCUCCGGAGUGCCGAGAAUUUGCGAAGUUUUACGCUCUCAUACUGGGAUUAUACCUUGUGGAUCCAGUGUUGCGAUCAGGGGGCUUCAGGCUCAGUUUCUAUUAAUUCAUAUCACAGGGUCAAACGGAAUUCUUUCCAAUCUCGGUAUAAGGUGCGAUAGGAAUGGAAUUUUGCUUCUCAGUAGUUCUGUGGAACGAAAAGAUGAACUCAUAAAUCAAAGUUUCAAACGAAAUUCCUGUGAUUCUAUUUGA